ACGGCGUGUAGAAGUGGCGGCUUCGCUUAAACAAUUUUAAUUACAGAACUCAUCUGCUAGGAAAUUCAUCCUCGUACCGACCAACCCACACAGCUCUUUAAGUAGAGCACUCAUCUGGUCACUUGUUUCUUCAUCCCAAAUUAAGCAGCAGCCAUGCCCGCCGAUGCAGCUUCCUACCCCACCGCCACCGCGGGCGUCGACUUUGACGUGAUCGUUGUGGGCGCGGGCAUCAUGGGCAGCUGCGCGGCCCACGCGGCGUCCUCCCGCGGCGCGCGCGUCCUGCUCCUGGAGCGCUUCGCCCCGCUCCACAGCCUCGGCUCCUCCCACGGCGAGUCCCGCACCAUCCGCGACGCCUACCCGAAGGCGCACUACCCGCCCAUGGUCCGCCUCGCCCGCCGCCUCUGGCGCGACGCCGAGGCCGACUCCGGCCGCCGCGUGCUCACCGCGACUCCGCACCUCACCCUCGGCCCGCGCGGCGACCCCGCGCUCCUGGCCGCCGUCAGGAACGGCGGCGCGUCCGAGAAGGACUUGGCGAACCAGAAGUGGGGAGCCGCGUUCCGCGUCCCGGACGGGUGGGUGGCCGCCGUGAGCGAGCUCGGCGGCGGCGUGCUGAACGCGACCAAGGCGGUCUCCAUGUUCCAGUCCCUGGCCGUCAACAAGGGCGCCGUUAUAAAGCACAACGCGGAGGUCGUAGGCAUCGUCCGGAAAGAAGGAGAGCCCGGAAUCUGGGUGAAGACGAGCGACGGCGAGGAGUUCCACGGCGCCAAGUGCAUCGUGACGGCCGGCGCGUGGACUCGCAAGCUGGUCGGCUCCGUCACGGGCGGCGCGCUCGAGCUCCCGAUCCAGCCGCUGCACAUGCUCGUACUGUACUGGAAGAUCAAGCCAGGGCGCGAGCGAGAGCUUUCCGCGGAGGCCGGGUUCCCGACCUUCUCCAGCUACGGCGACCCGCACGUGUACAGCACGCCGUCGCUGGAGCUCCCGGGCCUGAUCAAGAUCAACUACGACCACGGCCCGCCCUGCGACCCGGAUGGCUGCCGGGAAGAAUGGAGCUCUGGCGGAGCCGCCGAGCGGGUCGCGGGGUGGAUCGAGGAGUUCAUGCCGGGCCACGUCGAGACGGCCGGCGGGCCGGUCGUGCAGUAUUCUUGCUUGUAUUCGAUGACUCCGGACAAGGACUUCGUGAUCGACUUCCUCGGUGGGGAGUUCGGAGAGGACGUGGUGAUCGGCGCCGGGUUCUCUGGGCACGGGUUCAAGAUGGGCCCCGCGGUGGGGAUGAUCCUUGCCGAGAUGGCCAUCGACGGGGAGGCCAAGACUGCGGCAGAGGCCGGAGUGGAGCUCCGGCACUUCAGUAUCAACCGGUUUUAAUCGAAGGCAACCCCGCCGGAAACUUCAAUAAAAGCAUGAUUGACUGCCGGCGCCAGGUGCCUUAUCGUCCGAUCGGUUUUUACAUUCGUGUCCUUAGAAUAGAUGAAUAAGUAUAGAGUGGGGCUAUAUGCUGCGCGCCUAUCUACAACUAAUAAUAAAUAAAAGGAGGAGCGUGUCCUUCGUCCUUGUCUGUCGAUCAAUUUUACAUUUUAACCUUUCAAAUUUUUCUAAUUCAACCCGCA